CGUCGAAUUUGACAACAUGGUGCGGGUCCUGCCACUGGCUGCGCGAGGAUUGCCACUCGGACGCGCUUGGGCCGGAAGAUGCCUCGUUCGUCCACCUGUGUCUGGAUGUUAUCGUCACCAGCGCAUCUUUAGCACGUCCAGCGACCAGCCGUCCUCCAAACAACCGAAUCCGUUUGCACUGGAAAAGCAUACGUGGGCAGAAACGCAUGCCCCGUCAUGGAUGGUGCCGUACAUUCAACUGUCCCGCAUCAACAGACCUGCAGGCACGUACAUGCUUUUGUGGCCGUGUUUCUGGAGCACGGCACUGGCGGCCCCAGUCGGUGCAUUCCCCGACCCGUCGCUUCUAGCGCUUUUCGCGACGGGGUCCGUCAUUAUGCGCAGUGCCGGGUGCACGAUCAACGACAUGUGGGACAAGGACUUUGACAAGCAGGUCGAGCGAACCAACCAGCGCCCGUUGGCUUCCGGUGCACUGACCUAUCCUCAAGCGUGGCGAUUUCUGGCGUUGCAGUUGUCCGCUGGUUUGGCCGUGCUGCUUCAACUGAAUCCUUACACGAUUGGCCUUGGCGUGACGUCGUUGGGCUUUGUGGCCGCCUAUCCAUACAUGAAGCGCAUCACGUAUUGGCCACAAGCAAUGCUCGGACUCACGUUUAAUUACGGCGCGCUAGUCGGGUGGGCUGCAGUGCACGGAAGCUGCGACUGGACUGUCGUGUUGCCUCUAUACGGAGCUGGCGUAUCCUGGACGCUGGUGUACGACACACUUUACGCGCAUCAAGAUAAAGAGGAUGACGAGCGCAUCGGCGUCAAGUCGACAGCCCUCUUGUUCGGCGGCUACACGAAGCCCAUUCUGAAUGGAUUUGCCGCCGCUACCAUCGCCGGCCUAGCAACCGCGGGGUACAUGGUGGACCUGAGCCUACCGUAUUACUUGGGCCUCGGUCUCUCUGGCGUGCAGUUGGCGUGGCAAGUGAACACUGCCAAUUUGGAUGAUCCCGUGAACCUCCAGCAGCGAUUUGGGUCGAACAAGUGGUUUGGAGCACUUGUGUUUGGCAGCAUCGUCGCCGGAAAAGUUCUCUGAGCACCCUUUUUAAUUGGGAAGCCACGAUGCAUGCGUCAUGGAUUCUAUCAUGGAGGAUGUUACUUGGCAAUUGCAUCGAUGCACCAUCGAUGACGCGAGCG